CAUGUUUGUAUGUUUGGAGUUGUGCGUAAUAAUAAAUAACAAAAAAGAAUAGGAAAUUUCCUUUACAUUUUUAUCGAAAAUUACAAAAAGAAUAGCAGCUGUCAUCAAAAAUCAGUAGUGCUGCUUAAUUAACACACAUAAUGGGGUCUAAAAAGAAAGAUCUGGAGAUUAUUUACAGCUUGCAGUGGAAAAACAAAUCUGGAAAUGGUGGUGACAAAGCAAAUAUUAUUGGAAUGUAUGAUAUCCCUGCAACAACAUUGAAUUGGGAAAUAUUCAAAUCCUACUUGUUGAAAAACUCUGGCACAGUAGGUGAAGAUGUGAAAGUGUCCUAUAUUACAGACAGCAAUAGGGAAUUCCCCAUUGAGUCUCAGACCGAUUUUCAAAUCGCCCUUUACGCUUUCAGACGUAAGGCCAGAAUGGGCGACAUCGUGAACUUGAAGUUGGACAGAAUUUCUGAGCCGCCACAACAGAGUCAAAGAAGCAGUCGUCAUUCAAAUGAUGUAGAGACUCAGUUUGAUACUGAACCUGUGUCCAUUGUAUCUGCUUGCUGCAAUUCAGAAAAUCCACCAGAAUGGUUCGUCUCUUAUAUGAAUAAGUUCAAGAAAAGUGUAUCAGAUGAAAUAACUUCUGCAGUAUCUAGCGCAGUGUCCACUAUUAAACCGCAUACUGUUAGUCAGCCGCCUUGUUACCAUAGAAAAUCCAAAUCUGAAAAUUCGAAAAGAAGAAAACUUCCUUUGCUGACCGGCGACGGUCCACACGAAUCGACCAAGGACUUCAUAAAAUCGCUAAAGCUCGAUAAUAAACUAGAACACAAACUCGAGAAAUUAGACAAAUCGAAGAAAUCGAAGGAUAAGAAAUUGACGUUGUUUUUCAAAUCGAGCGACAGCGACGUUGCCGUAACUUCUACUGUAGACAAGAGAAGACGAAGCGCCCCUUGCGAAAGCGAAGAUGCCGUAUUGCAAAUGGACGCGGCUCCUGUUAACACGCAACAAAUGGUUCCUCACAUGUUGGGUGGAGAGGUAUAUUUGCAUCAAUGGAAGGUCAUCAAUUCAGGAAAAUCAUCAUGGACCAACGAUACUUCUCUAAUGUUCACAUGGGGUUCCAAGGCGUUAAGAGCUUUGGACACAAUUGUUCCAGUACCACAUUUAAAACCUGGCGACACUGGAACCAUAUCAGUACGUCUUCAGAUACCUAAUCAACCCGGCCUAUACGAGUGCUACUUUCAUUUCCAUCACAAGGGUCGUAGAUUCGGACAUUGGUUGGGAUGUCAAGUCGUCGUUGAUCCAUUCGAUUUGAAGGGCAACAAGUCAGUUUUGGAAACUUCUUACUUGCCGCCGUUUGAAACGGCUUCCAGAAACGUAUCUUCCACCUCGGACGAUCUUUAUAACAUCUCAAAUCCUGUAACACGAUAUGAAGCAAUUUGGGAAGGUACAGCGGCAACAGCGGGAACCGGAUAUACUUUCAACUUCGAUGAAAAUACCAAAGAUGUCGACUUGCUAAACAAGAAAACUGAUUUAUACGAUAAUCAAAUAACUAGAAUCCCUAUGGAUAAAGUAGUGCGCGAUCUGAGUUCCAGAGUGGGCGACAUGAAGUUACAAGAUCCUACAGAUACGAAUUGCAGCAGCGAUUCCGACAAUCAGAGCAUCAUUUCUUUGUCAGAAAGCAAUUCUUCGAAAAUUUUAACAGGUAUCCCAUCCGAAUACGUCGUCGUUCCGAUACCGGAAUGCUUUAAACUCGACGAACAGUCUACCCUGAAAUCUCCAGAGAAUUUCAAACCCGACAACAAUUCCGAAGAUCUACUGAAACCGUCGACAUCCAAAGUGACCGUUGAAGAUGCGUCUUUGAACAAGGGCGCCGAUAAGAAAGUUGAGUCGUCAGAUGCGGCAGAUAAAGAAAAAUCUUUGGAAAAUUUCGAUGAUAACAACAACGAGGAUUCAAAAGAGAACGCGGAAAAGGAUAAGGAUGUUUUUCAAGAUGCGAUUUCGACUUCUAAUGGUUUUAAAUCGGACAUCGUUAUGGUGACUCUACCGGAAACCAAUCAAGAUGAUGAAGAAUACGCUUGCGUAAUGGUCGACGGCCAAAAAGUGAUGAUACCCAAAAAGAUGAUCAAAUCUGAAUACCUGCGAACGCCCGCGACAUCCGACAACGCCGUUUCGGCUUCGGCCAAAUCCAGAUCUGGCAGCUCGAGCCCCUUCGCCGAAGUGAACGUUCAUUACAACGAAACUGACGGACAAUCCGAGGUCAAAAUCGAACAGAAAGUGGACGCCGAAUGCGAAGAGGUUCACGAAGAGAACGAUUUCAGUUCGCAUUGUUCGGCCGCCGGAUCGUGUUUUUCCGAUGCCAACGCCGAGAGGAGCAGGUUGUUUAUAUUCCCGCAAGCUUGUCCUGGAUAUGAAGUCAUUCAGGGAACCGAUGCGACCGAAUUGGACGACGGACUUGAAUAUGCUUGGUCUAAGUCAGAAUCGAAGAAUACUUUAAAGUCGACCAUAUCGCAUCCGCUCAUCCAGGAUCCGCUCAUCCCGGAUCCGAUGCCGCAAAUUUCGACAUCUAAGACUACUGGUAACAACCCGUUCACCAGCGACAACAUCCCGCACGUACCCAACUACCAACAAACUCCGCCUGAUGAAAGACGAGCCCCGUCCUUAGACGAGAUUCGUGCUGCUUUCGAAGCGAAUAACGAAACCGCGAGGAUGCACACGCCGGAAGCCGUGAGAUCGAUAAAUACCGACUCUGCUUCCCGCACUGAAUCCACUCCACAACCGUCUGCUCCGGCAUCGGAAACGCACGCCGAAGAUUCACCUCGUGCACCACCAUCACCACCGGUGCACCACAUACUGCCGGAGUCGUUGGUCAAUGGAGCCGUAAACGCUGUAAGUAGUGUGGCGCGGUCUGUGAUAAAUAGAAUUGUCCCACAAGGGCAACCCGGACGAUGGGUCAACGGUCAUUGGAUCAGCAACAAUCCCGAUUCAACCCGCGAAGCCAACCUUCAAGCGUUGGCCGAAAUGGGAUUCUGGAACAGAGAUCUGAACGCCACGCUGUUGGCCAGAUACAGCGAUGAUCUAUCCAGAGUCGUCGCAGAACUCGUGCAAUAGAUUUACUAAGAAACAGUGUUACUCGAAAAUGCAAAAUACUCCAGAAACGUCCAUCUUUUUUUUUUUGUUCAGUUGAUAGCUUAACAACGGCAGGCGAUUAGUAAGGUCGAAUCAGAUUGCUAGGCUUAAAAGUAUGAUAUAUUUUCGAAUAUUUUGUAAUUAAAAUCGAUAAUUAAAUAUUUUGGAACGAAAUGAUUUACGAAUUUUGUGGGAUGGUUAAAAAAUAUGAAUUUUUCAUUUUAUAGUAUUUUGAUAAUAAAAUAACAGAUAGUUAGGCGUUUUAUAUUCUAAUAUGUCAACAAAGACAAGCGUGAAGUUGGUUUCGAAUAAUUUUUUGUUCCGUGCUAGUGAAGGUCAUUUGAAAGAAGAAUGAAAUUAGUUUUGUAUCCAACUUCACAAUUGACUUGGUGACGUCAUAAUAAAAAAAUCUGGAUGAUUUUAAAUGUUAAGUAUAAAAAUCAGAAAUAGUUUGUUGAUAAAUAUUGUACGAAAACGAAAGAUAGAGGAACUGUAUAUGAUUUUUUUGUUAUUUUCUACAUACUUUGUUUCUUUUUCUAUUUACUUAUUGAUGUUAAUUUUUUCCCAGUUCGACACUGGCGCCUCCUGGGUCUGAGUAUUUUGCAUAAAAAGAGAUUUUACCAAUAGCUAAUAAACACGGGCUUUAUUUCCAUUCUAUAAGCACUAAUUUGUUCGUUUUAGACGUAUUAUUGGUUUAGAGGUAGGUCAUAUGCAUAAUAUAUUAAUAUACACUGGUAAUGUUAUAGUUUUUGGAGUAUAAUAUCCGUUCUGUUUAGUUUUACCGUAUAAGGAAGAAUGAUAUGAGACUGAUAACUAUUGACGAUCGGCAAAGAAAAUUUUUGACGAAAAUGCUUUCUAAACUUGUAACAAAAACCGGUUUCGGUGGUAGUUUUGAUAUCGACAUAUUUUAACAAGGAACAUGUUUUUAAUAUUAUUUCAGCCUUUCAGAAGCCAAUUCUGCAAAAUGUUCUUUAAAAACUUCUUAAAUUUUGAAACAACAAAAAAGUCGCAUAGGGUUCAAUCUGGCGAAUACGGAGGAUGUGGUAUGGGGUUUUACUUCAUUUUUGUUAAAAAUGCUUUCUAAACUUCUAAUAAAAACUCGUUUGGUAGUAAUUUUGAUAUCGAAAUAUUUUAACAAGGAUCAUGUUUUUAAUAUCAAUAUUUCAGCUUUUUUGGACACCAAUUUAAUCACAAAAUAGUUUAGUAUUCCUGCCAUUUUUUUUACCUCUCUCACAUCUGAAAAAUGGUUCUCUUUAAAAACUUUUUACAUUUGGGAAAACAUAAAAAAGUCGCACGAGGUUAAAUCUGGUGAAUACGCAGGAUAUGGUGAAAGGAUUUGCUUCAUUUACCCGUUUUGGUAGUAAUUUUGAUGUCAAAAUAUUUUUCCGGUGAACAUGUUUUUGAUAUUAUUUCAGCCUUUCAAAAACCAAUUCAAUUACAGUUUUUUUCUAAUUCAAACUCCAGUCACUAAACUAUUGUAGUAUUUUGACAUUUUUUCAUCUCUUUCACGUCUACAAAAGGUUUUUCUUUAAGAACUUUUUAUAGUUGGUAAAAAAAGUCGUACAGGGUUAAAUCUGGUAAAUACGGGGAUGUGGUGAGGAACUUUACUUUUAAUGAAAAUGCUUUUAUUAAAAAACACGUUUUGGUAGUAAUUUUGAUAUCAAAAUUUAACGAGGAGCCAUCUUUUUAUUAUCAUUAUUUUAGCCUUUCAGAAGCUAAUUUCUAAUCAAACUACUCACUUAUUUUAGUAAUUCUCUCAUUUUUUCGUCCCUUUUGCAUCCACAAAACGUUUCCCGUUGAACACUUUACAUUUGGGAAAACAAACAAAAAAUGUCGCACGGUGUUAUAUCUGGUGAAUACGAAGGAUGAGGUGCGGGUUUUUUUAGUGAUAAUUUUGAUAUCAAAAUAGUUUAACGAGGAUCAUGUUUUUAAUAUCAAUAUUUCAGCCUUUUAGACACCAAUUCAACCACAAAAUAGUUUAGAAUUCCUGUCAUUUUUUCAUCCCUCUCACAUUUUCAAAACGUUUCUCUUUAAGAACAUUUUAAAUUUGGGAAAACACAAAAAAAGUCGCACUAUGUUAUAUCUGGUGAAUACGGAGGAUGUGGUGGGGGGAUUUACUUCAUUUACCCGUUUUGGUAGUAAUUUUGAUAUCAUAUUUUUCCGUUGAACAUGUUUUUAAUAUCAAUAUUUCAGCAUUUUUUUUUUUCUAAUUCAAACAUCAGCCACUUAUUAUUUUAGUAAUACUGUCAUUUUUUCGUCCCUUUCAUAUCCACAAAACAUUUCUAUUUAAAUGCUUUUUAAAUUUGGGAAAAACGGAAAAAAAGUCGCACGGGGUUAAAUCUGGUGAAUACGGAGGAUGUGGUUCGGGGUUUUACUUCAUUUUUGACAAAAAUGCUUUCUAAACUGCUAAUAAGAACCAGUUUUACUGAUAAUUUUCAUAUCAAAAUCUUUUUCCGUUGGACAUGUUUUUAAUAUCAAUAUUUCAGCCUUUUGGAUACCAAUUCGAUCAUCAUUUUUUUACUAAUUCAAACUUUAGUCACUUAUUUUAGUAAUACUGUCAUUUUUUCGCCCCUUUUACAUCCACUAAACAUUUCUUUUUGAACCAUUUUUAAAUUUGGGAAAACGUAAAAAAAGUCUCACGGGGUUAAAUCUGGUGAAUACGGAGGAUGUGGUACGGGGUUUUACUUCAUUUUUGACGAAAAUGAUUUCUAAACUGUUAAUAAAAACCCGUUUUAGCGAUAAUUUUGAUAUCAAAAUAUUUUAACUAAAAGCCAAUUCAAUCACCAUUUUUUUCUAAUUCACCUAUUUUAGCAAUUAUAUCAUCUUCUGAUCCCUUUUACCCCCUAUAAAACGUUUAUCUUUAAGAACUUUUUAGAUUUGGGAAAACAAAGUCACACGGUGUUAAAUGUGGUGAAUACGGAGGAUUUGGUGUGGGGUUUCCUUAAUUUUUGACGAAAAUGCUUUCUAAACUACUAACACAACUCGUUUUGAUAACAAUUUUGUUACCUAAAUAUUUUGAAUAUUUGAGCCUUUCAGACACCAAUUCAAUUACAAUUUUUUUUCUAAUUCAAACUCCAUGAAGUCAGUUUAAAAAUAUUUUGGAGAUUCUGCACUUUUCAAUCCUCUCAAAAAGUUUCUCUUUGAGAACUUUUUACAUUUGGGAAGACAAAAAAAAGUCGCACUGGGUUAAAUCUGGUGAAUACGGAGGAUGUCGUACGGGGUUAACUUAUUUUAUAUCCAAAUAUUUUGGUAAGAACGUCUUUCAUGACAUCCCAAUCAACUCCAAAAGUUCAUCAAGAGACAGGAAGCUGUUUUUUUAGAUUAUUCCGAUUUCUAUCCACAAUUUCUACAGUUCAACUAGCAGGAAACGUCUAUAUUGCAGAAGAUCAGAUCUAAAUAUCCCAAAAUACCUUUGACUGACGUAAAAAUGCAUUAUUUUUUCCAAUUUUUGUAUUAUGAAAACAUUGGCUUGUGAAUGGUUAUUUUUUUCAGUUUGUGAUGUCUUCCAGUUUUAAGAUUAUCUUGCAAAAAAAAAAAUUAGUUUGAAAAUGAUUUUAAAUAUUUUCUAAGAAAUUUAACGUGAAAAAUAUGCUCCUGUGAUAAUACAGUAAAAUUAAACAGAAUCGUAGAUAGAUAUAUGUCAAAUUUGCGGCAGUUUUCAAAUAAAUUGAAGGAAAAAUAAUCCAAUAAUAUUUUCAUUUAACUCUUAAAUGAGUUAUUUUCUGGAGUGCAUUUUCUUUUAUUUAAUGAUCUAUUUUAUUGAAAUAAAAUUUCUUGAUAAAAUAUUUAUCUUGUGAACGUUCCUGUCGUAGAUAGGGAUUCUGUGUUAAAUGUAGUUUUUGUAUUUUUAGUUUCUUGACUUUUAUUUUAGUUUUGGUAAUGGUUUCGAUAAUUUUAGUACAGUAAACAAGUAAUAAAAUAUAUCUAACGCAUUUUCUUCAUAUAUAUUCAUUUGUGAUACUGUAGUUAAAUAAAAUAAAUGGUUUAAGUAAAAG